GUUACUGGGAGUCUUUGCCACCGAACGACACGCCGUCACUCCAACAAAGCGGCAUACCGUGCUAUGACAGUGCGCGUUACUGUACAAGUACAUCUUUUGAGCUGCGUUUGAGUGUGUGUGUGUGUGUGUGUAUGCUUGUAUGUGUAGUGAGCGCCAGUGAUCAGCCUCAUUCAGCCAAUGUAGCAACUUAGCGCCAGGAACGGACGGAGUCUGAGACACACGAAGGCCAAAACGGCGAAGGGUGGGCAUAUGACAGCCUCUCUGGUACUCAACCCUCGCUGGCCAGUGGAAACGGUAAUGUUUGUGUAUGACAACAACGUGGACGACUUGAACAAGAACAUGGAGGGGCUGGUAGCAGCAAGCCAGUGCCGCAACAUCAUGGCACAUUCGGCAGCCGCCGCUGCUCUGGGAGGUCACCCGUCCAGCUUGGUGCAUUCUUCAGGUGGGUAUUCCACAGUGGAUGUGUCCGCUUCAGGCUCCGGUGAUACCGCUGCCCCUUCGGGGAAGCAAUGUGCGGCUGUGCCGCACCAGAGCUCGUCGGCCGCAACCGCUUUACCCUACAGCUACUUUGGUAACGGCUACUACCCGUGCAGGAUGGGUCGGGGUCCUCUUAAGUCAUGCACACAAGCGGCCGGAGCCGCUCUCAGCUCACAGUACAUGGACACAACGGUGAGCUCAGACGAAUAUCCGAACCACCGGGCCAAGGAGUUCGCCUUUUACCAUGGCUAUGCCAGCCCAUACCAGUCGAUGGCCAGCUACCUGGAUGUGUCGGUGGUCCAAACGCUGGGCACCGGGGAACCGCGCCAUGACACCCUGCUGCCCAUGGAUAGCUACCAGCCCUGGGCUCUGACCAAUGCCUGGGGAGGACAGAUGUACUGCUCCAAAGAUCAGGGACAGGCCGGCCACCUCUGGAAGUCCGCUCUGGCUGAUGUGGUGGCGCACCAGAACGACGGCUUGUCUUUCCGCCGAGGUAGGAAGAAGCGGAUACCUUACACCAAGGUCCAGCUCAAAGAGCUAGAGAAAGAGUACGCAGCCAACAAGUUCAUCACAAAGGACAAGAGGAGAAAGAUUUCGGCCGUGACCAACCUGUCAGAGCGACAGAUUACCAUCUGGUUCCAGAACAGGAGGGUGAAGGAGAAAAAAUUCGUGGCCAAAGUGAAGAGCAGUACUCCAUAGCAUGCAGGUCACUGCUCUUUGGACAAUUUGUGACAAUUGAGAUAAUUAACAGUGAAUGGAAAAAAAUAAAAAAAACUGAAAGUGGGACAUCUCACAGACUGCGGCUGUGCAUGAAUAUGUGUGAUUCAACAAAUUCAGGAGGACGGACAGAUAAGAAUACUUCACCAAAGCCGUCCGACAAACUUGCCGAGAGGCAUUCUGUAAUUACAGAACUUUCCUGACUGCUUUGAUAAUAUAUCUGUCUGGUGUGUGUCUUUUACUGUCAGUGUUGUCCGUGCCAAGUAGCCUAUAGCAUAACUACUAUGCUCUCCAUACAGUUUAUAUCGCAUGUAAAACAGUAACCAAAUCACAAUGUAACACUUAAUAA